AUGGGGGAAUGCGAGGACGACAAGGAGUACAGGUGCUGGGAGGAGCUGCUGCCGGACGCGCUGGGGCUCAUCUUCCGCAACCUGCCACUCCAGGAGGUGCUCACCGUCCUGCCGCGGGUGUGCAAGUCCUGGGGGCGGGUGGUCGCCGGCCCCUACUGCUGGCAGGAGAUCGACAUCGAGGAGUGGAGCCAGCAGCAGAGCAAGCCGGAGCAGAUCGGUCGCAUGGUGGAGCUGCUCGUCGGCCGCAACGGCGGCUCGUGCCACCGGAUUAGCGUCUCCGGGCUGCUCCGCGAUUCACUCUUCUCGUUCAUCGCAGACAAGUAAGUGUGAGAUGUGGCAAUGCUCUCUCGUUCUCGUUCAUCGCAGACAAGUAAGUUGGUCCGCAUAGCGUUGCUGUCAUUCAUUUCAGAUUUUCGCAGCUGCACGAAGAUUGGAGCCCGUGCGCUGGAGGUGUUCGGCAGGCACUGCAGGUCCCUGGUGGGGCUCCGGCGAGUGAUGCACCCGAUCGACCUGGCGGACAAGGUGUGCCAGCACGACGAGGCGCACACCAUCGCGCGUAGCAUGCCGAGGCUGCAGCACCUGGAGAUGGGGUACAUGAUGGUGGCGACGGAGGCGGUGCUGGAGAUCCUGGGGCAGUGCCGCAAACUCAAGGGCGAGAAAGAGGAGAGAGGGAGAAUGGAAUACGGUAGAAGAAGACAGCGGCCAAGGAAGUAA